GUGAACCUACCAAAUUUCGAUACUUGUUUGUGUGAAAUCGAUUCAAGCAGGGAGAUUCAAGCGCGCUUUUGGCUAGGUACCAUCUUCGGGUACCAUUCGCAUACGUAUCUUCGACGACGCUGCUGGCAGACGCCGCUGAAGAGUAGUACCAUUGAUGUGAGAAGUGGAUGUGCUUUCUCCGUUGAACUUUGAAAUUCAAGGUUGCAGGUGGAUAUGGUUCUGUGACUAGUGCCGAUAAGACUUUUUUAGCGACUGUGUGGGACUUUUUCUGUGAUACUUUUUAUGGUGGUUUUUUCGCAUAUUUUAUGGGAUGAUAAAAAAAUUUACAUUUAUUUUAGGUUGUUAAGAAUUUCCUUUGAUAAUGGCUGGUUCCCACAUUUAGUUAACAAUGACAAAUAGAUAGAAUACAACGCACAGCAUGUUUAGAUAUAGGGUUUUCAUUCUUCUUUUACUAUCUUACCAUAUCAUAUUGACAACAACUGAAGACACCUCCCAGAAGACAAAUAAUACCUUAAACAAUACAGGCGUCCGUGACGAGAAAAACUCAACAUCACAAAAAACCGAAACUUUGUUGAGCGAACUUGCUAAAAUCAUCAAAAACCCAUUCGAUCUCGAUUCCAAAGAGCUUAAAAAAAGAGACGAUUUGUUUGCAUCGGCAUCAGAACACGUCAAUGCCAGACUAUUCUCUGCCAGAACUUACUCUAACGAUUACUCAGGUACUUGUUACUCGUGUAACAGCGUACCUUGGGUACCUAUAGUGGGCAGAAGUUUAAAUUUACAUUCCUCUUCAAGUCACUUUGGCAAUAACGCACCGUAUUUUAGAGAAAAACAGAAUUUGAAUCAAAAUUAUGGAGCCCCGCCAGUUGAUCAUUACGGAGCACCUCAGAGGAGUUUUGAGUAUCCUCGUUUUGGAGAUGUGGUAGACUAUAUGGUACCACCUCCAUUUCAAAGGCAAGGGUUGUUAGGAGGCAACUAUGGACCACCUAAACCAGUGUAUUUACCACCAAAACCUCUAUACAAUUCUCCAAAACCAUCAUACUCGCCUCCUUAUUCAUUUUAUAAUGCUCCAAACUUUUUUGAUAUAAAACCACCACCUUUACAGCCGUCAUUUAGACCAUCAAAUAAUUACUUACCACCAGCCAUGAGCUAUGAACCUUCUACAUCAUAUGGAGCACCUAUGAUACCUAAUAAUUAUCAGCAUUCAGGACAAAAUGGUCCUACUACAUAUUUGAGACCAGUAUCACAAAAUAUCCAACCUCCCAUCCCACCUAUACACACUCUUCCGUUGGAAAAUACCAGAAUUCCUCCAGCUAUACCUAGUGAUAGCUACGGGAAACCUUUACCACUGUCUGGAGAAGUUUUUGGACCUGAUCCUUCACACAACAAUUAUCAGCAAUAUGACGAUGCCGUAGCUUCAGGAAAUGAAAAGUAUACUAAUAGAAUACCUGUAACUUUCCCUGAUUUUAAAUACAUCCACCCUAAAAGAGUGAUUUCUAGUUCAUAUCGCAACGAAGCUACCGAUGUCCAAGUCGUUCCUAGUGUUAGAGUUGCUGAUUAUACUGCUUCUAUUCAGCAUCCAAUCAAUCUGAUUCAAUCUCCCAUCUUAGAUUUAAAUAUUCCCGCUGAUCAAAAGAUUUCAUCACAUAGCAACGAAGAUAAAUUUGUUGAAAGACCAGAACCAUUUUAUGAUCCUUCUAAAGAUUUUGUACCUGGAUCUAAAGAAACCAUUGAGUCAUCCUCUGCAGAAUACAAAAAUGAGCAUAUUAAUAACGAACAAUCUAUUGUGGUGGAUGAUACUUAUGCUUCUGCAAGUAACUUAAACAGUACGUAUUCUUUAAAAAAUAAUUACACAGUUUUGAAGAGAGAUAAUGAGUUAUACACUAGUCAGGUAUCAUUUGAUAAUUCUAAAAGCAAAGUACAGGAUGACAAUUUAAGUAAUAGUUUAAUACAGAAGUUGAUACUGGAGGAGAAUAUUAUACCAGAUCCCAGAAACCAGAUUGUUAGUUUACAGAAAACUACCUAUGAACCUGAACAACUAAAAGUGGACAUUAAUACAGAUCAGCCGCCUACAAAAUUGGUUAACUGGGCAACUACACAAGCUCUCUUGAAACCUACAGUAUUGACGAAGCAAAACUACGGAAAUAACAAGCAGCGUCCUUCAAAAACAUUGCAAAUUAUAGUGCCUUACUUAAAAGCACCAGAUAAACAAGAUUCUUGGUCAGAUUUUACAUCGAAACCGCCAGCUAUUUACAAUAAGGAAUACACAACCUUAGCUCCAGUUUUUGUACCUCCCCCUAUUUCGACAGAGGCUUCUAAUCUUUGGACAGUAUUAGCUGAAGAUAUAAGGACAGUUCAAGCGAAUAGAAAUGAAGCCACCGGCUUUGUUAAAAGCACUAGCACAACUGAGGUUUAUAAUAUUAAAGAUUUUCUAGCUAAAAAUCGCGUAAACGAUGAGAAUUUUUUACAGAAAAACAUUGAUAAUUGGACAAGGCAGUCUUAUGCUCAUGGCUUGAAUAUUGCUGAUAAGUUAACUACAAAAUUGACACAAAUAAAGCCCAUUCCACAAGAAUACUUAACUACAACAGUUAAUUAUGAUGAUGAUCGGAUAUUAAACAAACUUGUAGCAUCUUUUGGUAACAUUGACGAUCAUCUGACUGCAAGUUCAAAUAACAGAGACAUAAUUAGUAAUGAAAUAGAAGAAACUCUAGCUGAUUCUUUCGAAAUGAGUACUACAAAGCUUCCUCCCGAAACAACAACUGCUAUCAAAGAUACUUCUCCGAAAUUUAAAUACAUUAUUAAGGAACCAUCGACAGUUCCUUGGGAGUCUAACAAAGUGACUUUAUCAAAUUCCACACACGAAAAAGUCUAUGUGGUGACUCCGCAGAGCUACAGUAAAAUUGUAACAAGCACUCCAGCUACAGCGUUUAGUAUGGCACCAAAAAUACAGAAUGGAAAAGUAAACAAUGCGUCAACCGUAACAAAAAUCAGUGUGAGAAUUGAAGGACCUGAUGGAGUAAAGGAAAACAGCAAAGGGCAUCCAUUGAAAGUGGUGUUUAGCGAGUGGCCACACAUAAUUAAUGACCUAGAAACGACUACAACCCUGAAACCAACUUCGAGACAUCCUCUUUUUGGCCUUAUGGAUCUUUCUGCUUAUACAGAGGCUCCUACAAGCCCAGUAAAUACACUAGAUGGGCAUUCAAAGGUGACAAAGGCUGUAAGCUCCUCCACACCAAUAAUUUCGAGUACUUCCCCUAAACCGAGUACAAAUACGACUGAAAUAGUAAAGAUUGCAUCUUCAUCAUAACCUAAAACUUUGAAUCUUCCGAGACACUGCCACAUGAACAAAUAUAUAUUAUUUUUUUUGUAAAUAUUAGUUGCUAAGUUAAUGUAAACAAGGCUCAAAGAGUAUAGUCAUGUAUGUUUUAAUACUAUUUAUUUCUUAUAAAUUAACAAUUAUUUAUGUUCAAUAAAGUAAUUUAUUGGUUGAA